AUGAACUUCAAACUAUCCGCCCUAACUGCUCUAGCCGUUGCCUCUGUUGCCACUGCCGCUACCACCACCAUUACUCCAUAUGAAGUUGCUGAAAUGGAUGCUAUUAUGCAAGAUGCCAAGGCUCACUUGUUCUCUUACAUGUUGCUAGUCACUAGUGGUAAGCUAUCCAUGAGCGACCUACCAGCUGGUAUUGUUGAGGUUGCCGAAGCUGCCAUCAACAACGAAGCCGGUUACACUUCUUUGUACACUGAAGUUGAUUUUGCUGCUGUCUCCUCCAUGGUUACUGCUCUACCAUGGUACUCUUCCAGACUUCUACCAGAAAUCAAUUCCAUCUACUCCCAAGAACUUGCUACUGCUACUUUGUUAUAA